AUGUCUUCACCAUCAAAGUCGAACGUCAAUCCACCAGAAGGACAGUCCGUCCCCCUUAUUAAUCCACCCACUCGUCCAACACCUGGUACUACGCCUCAGAACUCAUCCGGGCAGCUUCCCUCUCUGAACCGAUCUACUCGCCCUCAAUCGGUGAGUAUGCCUGCCCGGCCUGUUUAUUCCGAAAAUCACUUCAGAAAUUUUCAAUCUUCAAAGCCUGUUUCCCCUUCUCAGCAACAUUACAGCAAUCGAUCAGUGACUACCCCGACUUCAGAGGCUCAUGGGCCCACUUCAUCUGGUUCACCAUCGCUUCACAAUGGGGGACCUCUCAGUCCUUCAUCGACGUACGGCGGCACCAGCUUUGUAUUUCCUAUGCGAUCGGUCUUUCAAGGAUUGAACUCUUCUGAACAACUAUAUGGGGAAGUAGGUGGUGCAUCAUUGAAUCGAAUCCAAUCACGAUCGAGUGAAUCGAGACAGAGUCAUUCGAGGCAAGAUUCCAGACGGUUCUCGCAGGAUUCCGUUGACUACGAAGAUGAUUCCGACGCAGGUAUCAAUACGAUUGCUCAAAUGUUACAACAGCAGGAUCAAGGUCACAAGCACACAGCACGCGAGAAUGGGAAGGGAUCGGCAACCUUCAGCGGAAAAGCGGGAGAGCGUACAGCUUCAGGUAAAAACCAAGCCUCUACACCAACCAGUAGCUUCGGCGCUACGUAUAAUUUUCCCGAUCUAUCCACUCCUCACUCUGAAAGAUCCAAUGCCGUCAGCAGAAGGCAAAGUGCAGAGGAUAAGGAAGAAACCAACGUGGAAAGACCUCAUUUAGCUACGGACAAUAGCUCAGGUACAGUCAAACGUGCCAAUGGAAGUUUCAAAAACAUUGAAAACCCAUCAGCCGAAGCAUCAGGAAGCGGUUUACCACAAAAAGAUAAAGCUCCAGUUGGCCAACCGCAGGAAGCACCGACUUCGAUCAAUUUCCGCGACUAUCCGGCAGAGCAAGGUAAUGCAGGAGAAACCACCAAUUUCUCUUCAGCUGGCAAAGGCGAAUCCUCACGAAGACCACGUCGAUCGUCUGCUGCACCAAAUCAGGACGGACCGGCACUGAUACAACCCGAACCUCGUCCAGCAACCGCAGGGGCGGUCGGCGAUAUUCUUGCUCACAGGGGAACGUCCAAUCUCGGCGGUUCAAAAACAAGUCUUGAAUUGGAUGAUAGCGGUGUUAGAUCUUUGUUAAACGAUUUUAGUGGUAUCGUGCGGCUAGGGGAGGCUGGGUCAUUGGGCUCCACGGGUGGUACGCGGGCCGAUUUAGAUGGUACUGGUGAGGGAUCUGGUACCGGGACGAAGAGCAGCAGAGCAAAAGUGGGGGAUGGAUCAGCUUCUGCCGAUGGAGGACCCGGUGGUCGAACAACAGCUGUUAGAUUAGCUCAACAACAACGUCAGCAACGUGGAAGUGCCCGUGACACUGUUAGAGAUUUCGUCAAUCAGCAAGCUCACACUGUCAAUAUGCCAGACCCGAACGCACCCAUACCUUCGCCUUCACCACACGAUGACGGAAAAGGGUCUCCCAAGCUGGGCAUUGAAACGCUUGGCCCGGGCGAUGGAUUGGGUAUCUCCACUAAACCAACGCCAGCCGAGGCGAUACAGUGGGAAGAAGACAAGGACGAAGCUGCGAAGGCCAGUGCCCCCGCUUCUAGCAAGCAGGCUACAGCCUCAGGUGACGAAAAAGAAGACUUGGAUGCCGUCACCAGCGACGCCGGCUCAGAACCCCCCAUCGUCACUUUCCGCUUCGAGCAUGUAUCCACCAAUGACGGUCAUCACGUUGUCGUGGGUAGGGAAGGAAAAUUACGGAAUUGCGAGGACGAGCCUAUCACCACUCCUGGAGCUGUACAAGGCUUUGGUGUGUUGCUUGUUCUGGAGGAAGACUAUGACACUGGUGUUUUGACCGUGCGACAAGUUUCAGAGAAUGCCACCGAAUUACUUGGGCUGUCACCGAAUUAUCUGUUCAAACUAGAUUGCUUCACCCGUAUAUUAACGCUAGAUCAGGAAGACAUCCUUCGAGAUAACUUGGAAUAUUUACCGGUCGCAGAAGGAGGCAAGGGCAGUGUGGAGGAAGAAGGCCCUUCAGUAUUUCUUCUAUCUGGUUACGGAGAACCCGGCAGUGACGACUCAGAAGAAGAAGAAGGAUCCGCACUUUCAGGCAGUGCUACUGGGAACGGACGAAGGAGGGAGUGGACUUGCUGGGUGGCCGCUCAUCGACCUAAAGUCAAAGCGUCAGAUAAGGUGGGAGAAGACGGUACACGCGGCGCAGAACCGGAUCUCAUCAUCCUUGAAUUUGAACUGGAGCGAGACGACUAUAAUCCACUUAUACAACCAUUUGAACCACCUGCGUUUUCUUCGACUGGAGGUUCGGAAACGCCAGAGUCAGGUAGCAUUGCUGAUCCGAGCGCGGGUGCUGGCGAUGGGGGCAGUACUGAUACUGCUUCUGGUGGAGGAUCUGGUGGAACAUCAGUUACUGCAGGUUCAAGGCCGAAGAUUAGCCAACAGCGAGGCUCAGAUACGUCCACGGUCAUGACCGCGGGACAUUCUUCAAUCACGCCAAACACCUCCCAGGCCGCUAGUGGAAGUCAUCCCUCCUCGAUGUUGCCACCCGGGUGCAAACCCAUGGGAUUAGCUGGUCUGGACGUGGAGGUAGCAAUCGAGAGAAUCAUUGAGAGCACAACAAAUCAUGCUAAACCGCUUCGAGCACUAGAGCGUAUGCGAAGGACAGGUCAACAUGGUGAAGGCUCAAAUGAUUCUGGAUCUAGAGGACGAGGAGGCAGAGGCGCUCGACGUCCAAGACGUGCUCCUCCACCUGGCACAACGGGUACAAUGGAUGUUUUCGCCGUUCUGGGACAGAUCAACGAUCAACUCGGCUCAGCUCCGGAUCUCGAAGCUUUCCUGAAGAUCACUGUCGGAGUCAUACAAGAUUUGUGUCGAUUUCACAGAGUUCUGAUCUACCAAUUCGAUGAGUCCAUGAAUGGUCAAGUAGUCUCAGAAUUGGUCGAGUGGGGUAAAACCACCGAUUUGUAUAAAGGCUUAAUGUUCCCCGCUGCAGAUAUUCCUGCUCAGGCGAGAGAGUUAUAUAAGAUCAACAAGGUGCGGAUGCUAUACGAUCGAAGUCAAACGACAGCAAGAAUGGUACUUCGAAGUAAAGAGGAUUUAGAGACCCCGCUGGAUAUGACACAUUGCUAUCUUAGAGCUAUGAGUCCGAUCCAUGUCAAAUAUCUCGCCAACAUGAACGUUAGAUCGUCCAUGUCUGUCUCCAUCAUGGCAUUUGGACAAUUGUGGGGUCUGAUAGCUUGUCACUCGUAUGGCUACCACGGCAUGAGAGUAUCGUUCCCAGUCAGACAGAUGAUGAGAAUACUAUCAGACUCGAUUUCAAGGAAUAUUGAGAGAUUAUCUUACGCUCAACGAUUACACACAAGAAAACUCAUUUCGACUAUCCCAACACAAUCUCAUCCUACUGGAUAUAUCGUAUCCAACGCUGAUGACUUGUUGCAAAUCUUCGACGCCGAGUCUGGUCUGUUAGUCAUUGGUGACGGGUGUAAACUCCUCGGACAGAACGAUCAAGGACAAGCUAUGCUUGCGAUUGCUGAGUAUCUUCGAGUAAUGCGUUUCGACAAUCUGAAAGCUUCAAAUCACAUACAACGAGACUUCCCAGACUUGGUCCUGCCUCGAGCUCAUGAUACGAUCGCGGGUCUGCUGUACGUUCCGCUCACAGCAAAAGCUGGUCAAGACUUUAUCGUGUUCCUUCGUAAAGGUCAAGUCAGGGAAGUGCAAUGGGCCGGUAAGCCGUACAAAGACAAUCAGACGGGAGAUGCUGCAAGUCUUGAGCCGAGAAAAUCCUUCAAGACUUGGUCGGAAAUUGUCACAGGUCGUAGUAGAGCUUGGACGGACGAUCAGCUGGAAUCGGCUGGCGUUCUCGCGCUCAUCUACGGUAAAUUCAUUCAAGUUUGGCGGGAAAAACAGUCAGCCAUGGCAUCGAACCAGCUUACUGCCAUUCUGUUGUCCAAUACGAGUCACGCAGUUCGAACUCCUCUUAGUCAAAUCAUCAACACCCUCGAACUGGCCCUUUCAGGCAAUAUCGAUUCGGAUGUACGAAAUAUGUUGGAGAAUAGUCAUCAAGCUUCUAGGGCAUUGUUGUUCCACGUACACGAUUUACUUGACCUAACGCGUAUCGAGACUGGGAAUGAAACCGCCUUUAACGAUCCGUUCGAUAUCCGUCAAUCCAUUUCAGAUGCCAUCCGUGUGUAUCAAACGGAAUCAUCUCGACGAGGUCUUGACUUCCGAGUCAUCAUGUCAGACCACCUUCCACAACACGUUAUUGGUGAUUCCAGAAAGAUCAAGACAGUUAUCUCCAACCUCGUUGCCAAUUCCGUCAAGUAUACUGAAAAAGGCUUCAUUGAGGUUUAUUGUGGUCUACAACAGCCAAACUCUUCUGAUGGCGGGCGGUCUCAAGAUAUCGUGAGAAGCGGACAUCUUCCAAUCGAGAUCGUAAUCAGUGACUCUGGCUGCGGUAUCCCAACAGACAAGCUGGAAGCCAUGUUUGUCACUCUUGAAGGUGCGGACGAAUUGCGGAACUCGACAGCGACUGGUCUUGGGCUUGGUCUGGCUGUGGUCGCUCGUAUCGUGGAACAACUUGAUGGUCAGCUUCGAGCUGAAUCAGAGGUCGGAGUUGGUAGUCGAUUCUUCUUCACUUUGCCCAUGUUGGCUCACAAUGGUCGCGCUUCAUCUUUGUCAUCCAAAAAUGGCGGUCAACUGCGAAGUCGAGGUGGCAGUUCUGGUUCUGGUUCCGUGGUAUCCCUUCGAUCUGGAAUGUCAGAAAUUGAUUCAUUCGUGAACGAUUUCGGUAAUAGUCACAUGUCUGGUCCCGUUGCGGCGGACGAUGAAAGACUACUUGAUGCAGAACAUCGAAUGUCGAGACCCGGUACUUUCCCUGUGACUGACUCUUCCUGGCCUGUGAGACCUAGUCGUAUGGACGGUGACACAGAUCAGCAGUCGACAAGUGACCAUGCCCCUUCUAGGACAGGUUUAUCACCUGAUAUGCAUCAUCCACCGAAAUUCGAUCCGAAAUCGGUAUCCUAUCGACUCACAUCGAAGAAUUCUGCUGAAGGGUUGAACCUGCUUAAGCCCGCGAGACAAAGCUCAAACUCUACACGUUCAUCUGCUUCGCCACUUGUCGAGAAGAGAGCUUCGCCACCACCAAUGAAGGAACCCCAACGGAAUAAGAAGACACCCGAUGGCAAGUCCAAACUUCGAGUAAUGGUCGUCGAAGACGAUAUGAUCAACUCUCAGAUUUUGCAAAAAAGGCUUCGAAUGGACAAACAUACUGUCAAAGCAGUUACCAAUGGUCAAGAGGCGGUUACUGCUCUUGAGGCUGAUUGGGAUUUUGAUGCUGUUCUGAUGGAUAUACAAAUGCCCAUUAUGGAUGGAAGACAAGCUGCUAAGGAAAUCCGAAAGCUUGAAAGUAAACUUCCAGCCCAACCGCAUAUUGAACCAUUACGCGUCGAUGGCCGAAUCCCUAUCUUUGCUGUCUCGGCGAGUCUGUACGAGAGCGAUAGAGGCAAUCUAGCUGAAAACUUUGAUGGUUGGUUGUUGAAACCUCUCGAUUUCGCUCGUGUCCGAGCCUUGUUUGCUGGAUUGGAAGAUCCAGCUAAACGUUCUGCAGAAGUUUACGAACAAGGUCAAUGGGAAAAAGGUGGCUAUCUCAAGGAUGCACCUUCUCCUGUACCUUCUCCUAUACCUGCUUCACCUCGUGUUUAG